AUGCCACGUGAGAGGUCCCAUCACCAGCGCCUAAUCCCCAGCCCGAGGCCCGACGACACAGGCUUCCCCGAGACGUCCUGUGCAACCCUUGGUCUGCCCAGCGGAGGUUCUCACUACGUUAUGGCCGAUUACUCCCUCGGCCCGGCGUCUUUGGCAUCAUCGGACCCCUCGGACCACUACGACGACGACGGAAUCGAGUUCGUGCCAGAGGGAACCGACUCGGACGACGACCUCGCCCUACCAGACCCGGACUCCGAUUCCGAGAGCGAAGGAGGCUUGUUCGUCCCGGAGCUUGAUCAUCGUAACCUCUCCCCUGCCUCGGCCAUCACCCUCUCGCCCUUGGUCUCCGAAGCAGACCACGGCCACCACCGAGACCGUCAACAGAACCCCCCCGACCUACCUUUCCCCAUCGACCUGGAGGCCGACCCGAGCGAGCCAUCGGAGCAGUCGGAUAUCAACCUCAUCUCCAGCGACAGCGAGCAGGACUCGGAACGUGACGAGUUCCUGUCCCCUGCGCCCCAACCCGAUCCGCGCGGGUUCCCCUGGGGUCCCCUUGACGCAUUCGCCCUCAUCCGCGACGAUCUCCAGUACGAGACGGACGACCUGUACGACACAGACGAGUUGGACGCCGAGGACGAGGAAGACGAAGCAGGACUGGAAGGCUUUGACUUCGGAUUGGACGGUAUUCUACUAGACCCCUUCGAGCAUCUCAGCGGCGGCCUCGACGGCUUGGGCCGCGACGACAAUUUACAUCUACCAGCACCCUUGGGGCUGCACCACCUGAAUCAUAUCCACCACCCGAGACUACCGGCCAUACACCCGCACUCCCCCAGAGGGCCUGGCGUCCAUCCUCUGCACCAGUUGAUACCCCAACUUAACUUUCUUCCGCCUCACCUCCACGACCACCUUGGACGCGGUAGUGCGCUUGCAGCAUCUCCCAGGGACGACAUGGCGAGCCGGCCGAGGAACGGUGGCCACGCCCAACAGCGCGAUGAGCUUGUUGGCGUCGAGCUGGCACGAGAAGGCGGCGCAGGCGCGCAUCGCGGGACCCUCGGGGCUCCCGAGGGUCGAAACAACCAGCAGCCGUUUGUGAUCGACCUGACGGGUGACGAUGAUGCUGUCGAAGUGCUGGGGUCGCAAAACGCGCGAAGACAGCAGUCGCAGCGCCGGGAAACCGCCCCACGCUUGAACCGGAGCGAUAGCAACUACAUCGGCCACCAAGCUCCCGUAAUUGACAUCAGCUCGGACUCCGAGGCAGAAGACGACGUCCUGGUCCAACGCGUCAACGCCAGGCAUCCCCAUCACCACCGGCGCCAUCAUCACCAUGCCCCGGGACCGGGCGCGGGGGCGGGGCCCCAUCAUCAUCAUCACCACCAUCACCAUCACCACCGGCCGGCAGCAAUGGACCGUAGAUCGCCGCGUCGCCUGCCUAACAUUAACAACGCGAGGGCAGCUGCUGGCGAAAACCGCGGCCUGUUGAACUUUGUUGGCAACGUGAUCCACGGCAUGGUCAAUAGAGGUAACCGAGGCCGGGAUGAUGACGCUCCCAUACUUGGUGGUCCCGGAGGGGGACCGUUCCCUCAGAUCCAUCUGAACUAUGUCGCCCACCCCUUUCACGGCGGCGCGCCGGGCCCUCAGAAACCUCCCCACGUACCACCCCCCAAGCCCCGAGAUGGCUUCACAAGGGAUACUGGCGAGGAGCAGGUGUUGGUGUGUCCGAGCUGUGAUGACGAGCUGGCCUACGAUCCUGACGACUCGGAUGACAACGGUCCCCCUACCAAGAAGCCAAGGACCAAGAAGGACAAGGCCGAACAUCACUUCUGGGCAGUCAAAGACUGCGGCCAUGUCUUCUGCAAGAAAUGCUACGACAAUCGCAAGCCCGCCGCCAAGAACCCGGUCAUGACCGGCUUCAAGCCCGACCCCCUGAAUCACAAAAAGAUGAUCUGUGCUGUGGAUGGCUGCACUUCCGACGUCAGCAACAAGACGGCCUGGGUCGGCAUCUUCUUGUGA